CUUAUUAAAGUAGUUUACCUUCUUCACCCCACCACUCAUUAAAUGCUUGUAGCAGAAUAACAUCGUCAGUGGUCGGCCAUUAUUGUGAAAUAUAAAGUUGUUCCAUAUUUGUGUUAAAACAGAAGUAUAUUACAAUAAUUAUCAUUAUUGGUUUGAGAUUAAUUAUAAAAAUGCAUACAAUACCAGAUUUGGGUACCGGUGUACCUGCCUUUCUUGCUAAACUCUGGAAACUUGUUGAAGAUCCUGAGACCGACGACCUUAUUUGUUGGUCACCUAGUGGACGAAGCUUUUACAUACGCAAUCAGGCACAAUUUGCCAGAGAAUUACUUCCACAUUAUUAUAAACAUAAUAACAUGGCUAGUUUUGUGCGACAACUUAAUAUGUAUGGUUUCCAUAAAAAAGUGUCAGUAGAAUUAGGCGGCUUGAAAUGUGACAGGGAUGAAAUGGAAUUUGCACAUCAAUAUUUUUUCAAAGGUCAUCCAUAUCUCGUAGAACAUAUUAAAAGGAAAAUUGCAUCAAAUAAAGGUCAAGAUCCAGCUCUUACUCCUAUUAAGCCAGAAUUAAUGAACAAAAUGUUAACAGAAGUAAGAAGUAUGAGGGGUCGUCAAGAACAUUUAGAUUCACGAUUAGGUGCCAUGAAGAGAGAGAAUGAAGCAUUAUGGAGAGAAAUUGCAAUGCUUAGGCAAAAACACUUAAAACAGCAACAAAUUGUUAAUAAAUUAAUUCAUUUCCUUGUCACAUUAGUGCAACCAUCAAGAAGUGCAGGUAUUUCUGUUAAAAGGCGAUACCCAUUAAUGAUAGAUGAUUCUAAUCCUCAGUGUAAAGGAAGUAAAAUUACAAAGGCACAGACAUCUCCAACGGGGCCUGUUAUUCAUGAACUUGAUUCUUCCGAACCAGAUUUAGAUUCUCAAUAUAUAGUCGCCGAAAUAUUAGAAACUCAGCCUCAUCCGGCAAUUGAAAGUCCCGAACAUCCUAAUAAUCCAUCAUUUAUUGAUGAUGAUGAUGAUGGUAUGGAAACCAUACAAUUGGUGGAUAAUGCGGUUCAUUUUCAAAAUGACAAUAUCAAUUUGGAGCCGGAGACAAAAAAGAAACGACCCUGCAAGGGUAAGAAAAAGAGGAAAAACAAGAUGCCUGUCAAAAUUUUGAUUCCACCAGCGGAGAAUGGACAAGAGUCAAGGGAAGAAAUACAUUUUCUCGAAAUUCCUACCGAAGAAGACUCUCCUGUGACGGUUGCUUUAUUGGACAAGAAUACAAUAGCUUCUAAACCAGUACCAUUGGCGACAGUUCGUAGCACAAAGUUAGCAGCUAUGGCUGCUAACAUGAGUAAAUCCAACGAAGUUGAAACCGAUCUUGAAACAACUAUUUCAGUUGAUGAUGAUAUUCAAGACAGCAGCGAUUCUUCUUUGGAGAAACUUAAAGACAUAUUAAUUGUUCCCGAAGUAAUUGAUAAUAACGGUUUGGCGAUUGUUGCUGAUAAUAACAGGGAUGAGAACUGCGAUAACAAUUCUGACAAUGAAUCUAUGAGGCUUCAGAAUGAUUUAAUAAAUAUGAAUAAGGAGGGAAACAUCUUAGAUGAAGAUAAUCAGAUUGUUGCAGAUAAAAGCGAAGCAUCUAACGUGUUGGAGCAAGAAAAAUGUACUAGCAAUAAACCAGACAGAUGUGAUCCGGUAGACUUAUCCUUAAGUUGUGUCAAUCCUUCAGCAAUAUCAGACGCUAAUUACAGGUUAGGAUCUAUGGAAGAAAUGGAUAAUCACCUUGAAACAAUGCAAUCGGAAUUGGAGAAUCUUCGAGAUAUUCUUCGUGGUGAGGGAUAUAGUAUCGAUGCAAAUACAAUUCUUGGGGUAAAUACAUUUUUAGGGUUAUUUGGUUCUGAUGAUUCCUCAAUGCCUUUUGGUAUACCCGUUAAUUCAGAUUUAGAUACAAACGACGACAGAGAAGAUGAUAAAUCUGCAGUUGCUGAUUCUUUAAGUGGAAACGGUGGAGGAGAAUUAAUGGCAUAUAACCCUACGCCUAAUUUAUUAGAUUUUGACGAUGAUAUCUUUUUAAAUGCUACCGUAACGUCACCAAUUAAUAAUUCAGCAAAUGAUGUGUCUUCAAGUAAUCUAUAUUCUUCAGAUCCUCUUGAUUUAGAAGAUAGUAAAGCCUCACUUCUUGAAUCUUAUGUAGGAAGCAAUGAAAAUGAUUCAUAAAAUCUCGUUAAGUUUUGGAGGAAAGACUACUGGAUUCUUAAUUACCUUACUGGUAAUAUAUCAUCAUUUUAGUUUUAUUUCUAAUAAAAUUGAAUGAAGAAAAAAAAAAAUCCUAGAAAAACAAUGCCGGACAUUUAUUGUUGGAUGUAAAACAUAAGAAGUAGUAUUAAAGAGAUUUCUUUUUCUC